GCACCCGAAUUAUUCGGUGCUGCAGUAGCAGAUGUAGGUGUUAUGGACAUGCUGAGAUUCCAUAAAUUCACCAUUGGACAUGCGUGGAGAAGCGACUAUGGUGACCCUGACAAAAAGGAAGAUUUCGAAUAUAUUUACAAGUAUUCCCCAGUUCAUAAUGUACAGUCUAUUAAACCAUAUCCUGCAGUAUUAUUAACCACGUCUGACCAUGAUGAUAGAGUAGUGCCUUUGCAUUCCUAUAAACUUAUAGCGCAACUACAGUAUGUUGUGAAGAAUAAUCCAAACCCUUUAAUGAUUAGAAUUGAAACUAAAGCUGGCCAUGGAAGUGGAAAACCUACAAAGAAGAGAAUCGAUGAAGCUACCGACAAAUAUUCAUUCAUUGCGUUAUCACUUGAUGCCAAAUGGGUAGAUUAA